AUGGAAGGGAAUAGAGACGAAGCAGAAAAAUGUAUAAAUAUAGCAACUAAAGCCCUUAACGCAGGAGAGAAGGACAAGGCGUUGAGAUUCUUAAACAAAGCAGAAAAGCUCUAUCCAACCCCCAAAGCGAAAGCCUUGCUGGAGUCGUUGACGAAGAACGGCUCCUCUGCGGGGAAUGGUGCAUACUGCAGACAGCGUACGACAGACGGCUCCACCGAGGGCUCCCGGGCCCGGCCCGACGGGGAGGAGCAGGAGGCAGGAGGUGGAGAACCCAGCACCAAAGGCUUCACCAAGGACCAGGUGGACGGGGUACAGAGGAUAAAGCGGUGUAAGGAUUACUAUGAAGUACUGGGCACCAGUAAGGAAGCAAACGAAGAGGAGCUGAAGAGAGCCUAUAGGAAACUAGCGCUGAAAUUCCACCCUGACAAAAACCAGGCCCCCGGAGCCACAGACGCCUUCAAAAAAAUCGGUAACGCGUAUGCUGUGCUUAGCAAUCCGGACAAGAGGAGGCAGUAUGACCUCACGGGAGGGGAGGAGCCUACCAGCCCUGGCCACGCCCACGGCCAAGGUUUCGACUUCCACCGAGGCUUCGAGGCAGACAUCACCCCAGAAGACCUCUUUAACAUGUUCUUUGGUGGAGGAUUCCCAUCUACGGCCGCCCACACGUUCACCAACGGGAGGGGACGCUACAGUCAGCAGACCGACCAACGGCAGGAGAGAGCGGAGGAAAGGGGAGAGGGUGGCUUCUCCAUGUUUAUCCAGUUGAUGCCCAUCGUGGUCCUGAUCCUGGUGUCAAUCCUGAGCCAACUCAUGGUGUCCACUCCCCCCUACAGCCUCUACUCCAGACCGUCCACAGGCCAGACGAUAAGACGGCAGACGGAGAACCUGCAUGUGGACUACUACGUCAGCAGGGACUUCAAGUCAGAGUACAAGGGCUCCAAUCUGCAGAAGAUAGAGAAGAAUGUGGAGGAAGACUAUGUGUCCAAUGUCAGAAACAACUGCUGGAAAGAAAGGCAGACGAAAACGGACCUGUUGUAUGCUGCUAAGGUCUACAGGGACGACCGCCUGCGGAAGAAGGCGGAGCUAAUGACCAUGGAUAACUGCAGGGAGCUGGAAAGACUAAAUGACCUCUACAGAGGGGGAUGAGGCCAGCCAAUGCAGGCUCACACAGGACGCUUUUAGAAGAUAUAUAUAUAUCUAUAUAUAAGAAUAGAUCUAUGUAUAUGUAAAUGUUUUUUUAAGGAAAAUCCACAAAGACAGAAGGGGGGGGUGACAAAUUCCCCAAAAAAUCGUAGCCUUACCAUGGAUGUUCUGAGUUGUCCCUGGUCUCACCCCCUAACCUUCCCCGUCCCCGUGCUCCUCACCCCACCUAAACACUCGUCUCUCCCUGGGAACUGCCUUGCUGCAUCUCAAUGAACCAACGGAACGAUAGGCUGACAAACCUCCCCAAAAACACGGCCUCUCUUUCUCUUAGCUUGUCUCUUUGUGUUUUCCAAAAAUAGGAAGCCACUCUGGAAAUGAACACUGACGGAGAUAUGUAUGUUUGUCCUUGUUGAUUAGUGGGGCAUUAAGCAUUCUGCAACAAGAAAAUCACUAUCUUCCAUCUAGAUUAUAACUACUUCACCUGCUUGACUUAACUUUAUGACUAUGAAGAAGAAAAUCAUUCAGACUCCUCUGGAGUCGCUGUCCUCCUUCCUGUCCGCACAUUAGCAGCGCUAGUUUCAUGGAGAAUCCGGAGAACGCUUCCUAGCUAUUUACCACUGGUGAACCGUGUGGGACGUUUCAAGGACCUUCAAGUUCAUUCCACAGAAGAAAUUACCAUGGUUCCCCUCAAAAACAUUGCUGGUCAGAGAAAGAUUGUUGUUGGGACCAUGAAUGAAAUGGAUGUCUUAACUGCUAUUAUUGUUCAUCCAGUUGUACAUUUUGAAUGUUUUGAAGUUUAUGGAGUUAUUUAACUAAAAGAAUCAAGGUUUUUCUUCAUUGCUCGACUAAUGAUUUAAAUAAACGUUAAAUUAUUACCAGAA